GUCUAGAUACUUAAAUCUUCCUGGUUGACACUCUAUCUAUAUACCUGUUGUCAAGAUGUUUAAAAUACAGAUAUACUUUGUAUGUGGAAUUUUAUUUUUAACAAAAGUCAUAGAACCGUCAAGGGAAACUUUAUGUGAAAACUCUGAACAAAGAUUCAAGAUAAUAUCCUGUCCUGAAAACAACACAUUUAGUUUGAAGUCGAUCACAUAUGGUGAAUCUCCAUGCCAGGAUGCAAACAACAAUCGCAUAUGUCAUUCCAAUAUAGAUAAUUAUUUCAACGAACAUUGUCUUGGACAAAAUAAUUGUACACUUCCAGUCGAAAUUUUGUCAAAUAAAAAUUGCAAACCUCCACCAAGACGCUUACAAGUCAAAUUUAAAUGUGAUAUCAAAUUGUGGUGGAAUAAACAUUUUGGUUACACAGAUACCUGUGGAAAUUCGUUAGCAGAAGUAAAGUGUUCUUCCGGUAAAAUACGAAUUGAAGACGUAAUAUCCUACAGUUAUACAGGAAUGUGUGAUGAAUUGACCAAAGACUGUGCCAAAGAUCGUCUUGAUAAGUUAUGUGAUGGCAAACGCUUCUGUACACAAGAUACAGCUACAGACUCGUGUCUUUUUCAUAAAAGAUACGCCAAUAUUGACUAUUAUUGUAAAAGUACAUCCGAUCCUGAGGUUACAGAAAGCAUACUAGGCACAUCGUCAGAUCAUGCAAUUGAUAUGACUACUAUAUCCACUUCAUAUACUGUCACUGAAGGUGACCAGCAAGCUGUUCUGAAUCUUGAUGACAAUCACCGAGUAGAAAUAUACCAACACUCACUCAACCGGAAGAUGUACCUGUGUAGUUUAAAAUGGGAUAACAAUGAUGCUGGAGUACUUUGUAAAUCUCUUAACAGCACAUGGAUAGGAAAUGCUACAUUUGUUGACAAAUUGUUAGAUAUACCGACUCUUCCUUAUUCCAUGCAUUGUGAUGGACAUGAAUACAGUUUGUUAGAAUGCAAUACUACAGAAGACGAAAGCGGUUGUAAUAAGACUACCGUAGCCGGUGCCGUGUGCAGUCAAGGUACCGGCAUACCAGCGGAAGGUGUUACGAAUCCUUCUUUGAAUAAAUUGAGCUCAGUGAAAUUAGGAUUUCCAACCAUAGGAGUUGCUGUAGGAGUACCGGUUGGUAUAAUUUGCAUGAUCUGCAUUAUUGUUGCCGUCGUGCUCAUCAGACGAAGGUCAGUACGAAGUAAUGUGGUCAGAGAAAAUGCAGAAGAUCGUACCAGAACAGGAGAAACGAGUGGAAUUCAGGAAAUUGGUUUAUAUGAAUGUAUAAAUGUUACAGACAGAUCUUCUGACCACACUUACGACCCCUUGAAUCUGAAGAAUUAAAUUGCCGGUUAAUAGACAGCAACUAGCAAACUGAAAACAAAAAAAUCUUAAGCAGAAAUUGGAAAAAGAGCACAAUUCCUGAAAAUUGUUGGUAUGAAAGUACACAUGUUGUGUCGAGACAACCUGACCAUACAUGUACUUACAACCCUAUUGAAUCAGCAGAAUACUACACCAUGACAAAUGUAUCUAUAACCUCUAAAAAUUAUAUCAUGAUAACAUGGAUAAUAAACAUUUUUUUGUGGAAGGACAACUUAAAACAAAAAGUGUACCUUUUUGAUUCACAAGUAAAAAAGUAAAUAUGUGAUAUUUGGGAUUAAACAGAUUUUUAAACUUAAGAUUUUUCAAAAAUAUGCCCUUAUCACAUAUAUCAUUUAAUUACAUGUAUCGAUAUUUGAUAUCCAGAUGCAGUUAAACAAGUUGUAAAUACGUGAAUUAUUUCCAUUAAAUCUAAAUUGUAUUCUUAUUACGUAUACUCUAUUACUUAAUUUUGCUCUG